CACACCCCGGCGGAGCCAGGCCAGAAGGGACGCGCCACCCCAGCUCUCGGCUGAGCCCCAGCCCCCGCCCCGCGCCCAUGGCCUUGCCGGGACCCCGAGCUUUACGGGCUGCGCUCUGUGGCGGCUGUUGCUGCCUCCUCCUGUGUGCCCAGCUCGCUGUGGCUGGUAACGCGGGCCAGGGUCCGGUUAGGAGCGGGGCAGGUAAAGGAGCUCGAGGCUUUGGGCGGGGAGCCCUGCUCCGAAUGAACAUCUGGCCAGCUGUCCGAGGGACCUGCAAACAGCUGAAGCUCUGUGAGCAUUGUGUGGAGGAGGACAGAGCGCACAACCUCUCGGGCUGCGUGUGGGAGCAAUGUCAGCCCGAGGAGCCAGGUCACUGUGUGGACCAAGCUGAGGUGAUCCAGGAAGGUUGCUCUGUCUACAACCACUCCGAGUCGUGUCCAGCUGCCCACCACCACCCCACCUAUGAGCCGAAGACAAGCACAACAGGGGGUCCUCCUGUCCCCGAAGCCCACAACCCCGGCUUUGACGGGGCCAGCUUCAUCGGAGGCAUGGUGCUGGUGCUGAGCCUGCAGGCGGUGGCCUUCUUCGUGGUGCGCUUCCUCAAGGCCAAGGACAGCACCUACCAGACGCUAAUCUGACCCCCUUCAGGCCUGGAUUCCACACUGAGGGGAAGGAGGACGAAGAGGUGGCCCUCUUGGGGCACUGGGGAUGGGGAAAACUUUGGCCGCCAAUUUCUGGCCCCUGAAGGCACCGAGCCGUCUCAGUGUCGAUACCUGGGCCUGGUACCUGCAGCUGAGAGCAUCCGUCAGCCACCUCCUGUCUCAUCUGUCACCCCUGUGGGCCCCCUCCGGUACCUGCUUGGCACUGGGGCUGUGCCCGCCUCCUCCCACCGACCUGGCCUGGGCACUGCCCCAAAUAAAGGAACUCUUUCCAGCUGUG